AGGCCCUGAGCUGAGGAGCCAACAGAAUGCCUGGCUUGCUGAACUGUGUCACGGGGGCAGCCCUGCCUCUCGCUGCAUCUGAUAUCACUUCCUACGUCAGUGGCUAUGCCCUGGGUCUCACAGCCUCCCUUACCUACGGCAACCUGGAGACUCAGCCCUUCCAAGGUCUCUUCGUAUAUCCAUUGGAUGAGUAUACCACAGUGGUUGGUUUUGAGGCUGUCAUUGCUGAUCGUGUUGUGACCAUACAGAUCAAAGACAAAGCCAAGUUGGACAGAAGUCACUUGGAUAUUCAGUCUGCAACUGUCACAGGGAACAUUCCACAAGAGGGAAUUCCCAUCGCCCCUCAUUCCUGCGCACCGGGAAAGGUGGCCUUGGAUGAGGACCUGGAGCGGAUUCUGUUCGUGGUCAACCUGGGGACCAUUGCGCCCAUGGAGAACGUCACCAUCUUCAUCAGCACCUCCUCGGAACUCCCCACGCUGCCCAGCGGGGCUGUGAGAGUCCUUCUGCCGGCUGUCUGUGCCCCCACAGUGCCUCAGUUCUGUUCCCACAGCUCUGGCUCCUCCAGCCAACAGGCUCAAGGCAAAGACCCACACUGCUUUGGCAUCCAGACCACAGACUCCUGGAAUGGACUGUGUCUGGCCACUCUCCUGGAUACAGAGGUGACCAACCCAAUGGAAUAUGAAUUCAGCUUUCAGUUGGAGAUCCGUGGGCCAUGUCUGCUUGCAGGGGUGGAGAGUCCCACGCAUGAAAUCCGUGCAGAUGCUGCCCCAUUUGCACACUCAGCCAAGAGCAUCAUCAUCACCUUGGCUAACAAACACACCUUUGACCGGCCAGUGGAGAUCCUUCUCCACCCCAGUGAGCCCCACAUGCCACACGUCCUGGUGGAGAAAGGCGACAUGACACUGCGGGAGUUUGAGCAGCACUUGAAGGGAAAAGCAGACUUCAUUAGGAGGACGAGGAAGGACAGCAGCGCCGAGCGGAAGACAGAAGUCAUCCGGAAGCGUCUCCACAAAGACAUUCCCCACCACUCCGUCAUCAUGCUCAACUUCUGUCCUGACCUCCAGUCUGUGCAGCCCAAUCUGAGGAAGACCCACGGGGAGUUCAUCUUCCUCAUUGACAGGAGCAGCAGCAUGAGACAGGCCAGCAUCCAGUGUGUCAAGGAGGCCAUGUUGGUGGCCCUUAAGAGCCUCAAGCCGGCCUGUCUCUUCAAUAUCAUUGGUUUUGGAUCCACAUUUAAGACAAUCUUUACUUCCAGUCAGAUCUACAAUGAGGAGAACUUGGCCAUGGCAUGUGACUGCAUCCAAAGAAUACAAGCUGACAUGGGUAGCACCAACAUCCUCUCUCCUCUCAAGUGGAUCCUCCGGCAGCCAGUGCACCAGGGUCACCCAAGGCUCCUCUUCCUGAUCACAGAUGGGGCUGUGAGCAACACAGGGAAGGUUCUGGAGCUGGUGAGGAAUCACGCCUCUUCUACCAGGUGUUAUAGUUUUGGAAUUGGACCCAGUGUCUGCUACCGACUGGUCAAAGGGCUGGCGUCUGUAUCCAAGGGCAGUGCGGAGUUCCUGACGGAGGGGGAGCGGCUACAACCAAAGAUGAUCAAAUCCUUGAAGAAGGCCAUGGCCCCAAUGCUGAGUGACGUGACCGUGGAGUGGGUCUUCCCUGAGACCACAGAGGUCCUGAUCUCACCUGUCAGCACCAGCUCCCUAUUCCCUGGGGAACGCCUGAUGGGAUACGGCAUUGUGUGCGAUGCCUCCUUGUACAUUUCCAAUUCCAGAUCUGACAAAAGGCGAAAGUACGGCAUGCUGCACGCUCAGGAGUCCAGCAGCUCCGUUUUUUACCACUCUCAGGAUGAGGGACUUGGCCCAGACAGUGCAAACUGUGCCAAAAUCUUCAACCCGGAGCAGGCCAAAGAUGCCCAACCAUGCAAUGGAGACUCCCCCACCCAUCGUGGUCUGAAUGUCUCUAGGAGACGGAGGGCAUACAGCACCAACCAGAUCUCCAGCCAAAAGGCCUGCCCAAGAGCCACCACAGCCAGUGACCCUACUGGGACUGCCAAGAGACUCCCACUGCGAAAAGCCAAGGAGCAAGACCUUGCCAAUGAGAGCAGCUCAGAGAGCCAGCGUUGGCAGAUUGACCUGCAGCCCUUACUCAACAGUGGCCAAGACAUGAGCCAGGGCCCCAGAAUCCACGGCCCAGGGGCCCGAAGGCCCUCCCUUCUGCCUCAAGGCUGUCAACCCAUGCUGUUCUCUGGCCCGGAGCCUCAUUCCUGGAGCCCUAUGAAGGAACUGGAUCCUGGUUCCAGCCCUAAGUCUGUCCCUGACAGCCGAAGCUCUGAGGACCUAGAGCCACCCCAUCACCCCUCCACCUUUGAGAGGGAGACAUCCUCAGACUGGGAGCCCAUGGCUGAGUCAGAGGAGCAAGUCAGUCCCUGCAGGCCUGCCACCCCAGGCCCUGUGCUGGGCAAGGCCCUGGUGAAAGGCCUGUGCAACAACCAGCAUCUGCAGUGGGAGGUGAGCUUUGAGCUGGAACCACCAGCCCUGCAGAGGGGUGAUGAGCAGGAUGCAGACAUGUGGAGCGAGACCUUCCACCACCUGGCAGCACGCGCCAUCAUCCGCGACUUCGAGCAGCUGGCAGAGCGUGAGGAUGAGAUCGAGUUGGGGUCUAAUCACCGAUACCAGGUGAAUGCUGUGCACACCAGUAAGGCCUGCAAUGUGAUCAGCAAAUACACGGCCUUCGUGCCUGUGGACAUAAACAAGAGGCAGUACCUGCCCACCGUAGUGAAGUACCCCAACUCCGGUGCCAGACUACGAAUGAUGAGCUUCCGAAACCUGACCCGACAGUGGAGGGUCUCAUCUGCUGGCAGUAGAAAGCCCCAGUCAGUGCUCAGAGAGCACUCCUCAGCUGCAGGAGACAGCAAAUUCCAGACCCUAGCCCUAGAAGAAAGCCCUACUUCAACCUUCAAUAAAAUCCUGUCUCCUGGCCACGAGAAGCACACUGCUGCAGAAGGUCCCCCUCACCUGUCCACCAGUGCCCUGCCCUCCACGAAGGUCCCUGAGGCUCUCUUUGGAUCCAAGUUGAAUCUCAACAAGCCCAAGCUGCUAACCCGAGCUGCCAAAGGCUUUCUCAGCAAAUCACUGACCAAGACUCCAGAGCCAACUCCGGGGAGCCAGAGCUUCGACUAUAUACCACUGGUGUCUCUGCAGCUGGCCUCGGGAGCCUUUUUGCUCAACCAAGCCUUCUGCGAGGUCAUCCAGGUCCCCAUGGAGAAACUUAAGUGGACCUCACCCUUCAUCUGCCUCCGAAUGUCCCUCACCACCCACCGGCACAAUUCAAAGAGCCCCCAGAGUCCACAGCAUUACAUCAGUCUGUCAUCUCCACCCCCAGCCUGUGAUGACAACCCCCUAGAGUCUGAAGCUGGAGGCAGCUCAGGCCUGGAGCCAAGUGCACUGUUGGAGCACACAGGAAAGCUGUGGGCCACCGUGGUGGCACUGGCGUGGCUGGAACACAACUCAGCUUCCUACUUCAUUGAGUGGGAGCUGGUAGCUGCUAAGGCCAGCUCGUGGCUGGAGCAGCAGGAGGUGCCCGAGGGCCGCACACCAAACACACUCAAGGCCACAGCUCGCCAGCUGUUCGUGCUUCUGCGACACUGGAAUGAGAACCUGGAGUUCAAUAUGCUCUGUUACAACCCCAAUUAUGUGUAGGGGACAGGGAGAAGGAUGGGCCAUUUGGGUUGGUAGGGGAACUUUUUGAAAGCUGUAGCCAAUAUAGUGUUACUAGAAAGAGCCUUGGACUGGCAGUGGGCAGGCCUGAAUUCAAUCCCAACCUUGCUACCAUCUACUAACUGUAGAUCAGUUACUGCCCCACCAGGGCCUUAGUUUCCCAUCUACAAAACAAGAGGGUGAAAUACCGCCAUUUACUAGA